GGCGAUAAGCCAACAGAGAAGCCAUUCGCGCGGAAAUGGAUCUCAUGGCCGAGGGACCUCUUCUGCACAGGCAAAGAUUCCAUACAAUUCGGGACGCAACGGCCACAUAAACCGUGGUGCAGCAAGAAACAGGGGAGGACUCAAGAAGACAAGACAAUUUCCGCGAGUAGACAAAACCUCCACCGGCACCUCAACAAUGAAUGAUGCUGAUCUGGGACCAUUGAUUGAAAACCCCGCACAAUAUGGCUACACAAAAAUGGAGCACAGGACUCAGGGGAUACCGAAAUAUUUGUUGAAAGAGCAAGUCUUGUUCAACUCUGACUCCUACGUGACAAAUGAAUGGGAUGCAAAAAACCAGCAAUUGAUGCUACAGAAAGAAGCCGAGCACAAUGGCGACUAUCAGUCGCUAUUCGAGGAAUUUCAAGAGCUGCGAAAGGAAGAGAGGAAGAAGAUGGAGCAAAUGAAUCUGGUUGACGUUGAAAAUGCAAAGAAAUCACUCAAUGAAGCAAUUGUAUUCCGUGGGAGUUGCACAGAUAUGUGUCCAACAUACGAGCGAGUUGAGCGUGCCUUCAAGAAUCAAGUCUCCAAAUGGGAGAUAGACCCUGCUACGGGGAAGAUAUCACGAGACUACGCAGUGAAAACGUUUAUGAGGCCUUCUGGGCAACCCCCAUCAUUACCUUCCGACGUUCGAACCCCUAGCGUAUUGGUGAAAACUCUGGAUUACCUGAUUGAGAGGUUGCUGCCGAAACUGCCCGACUCACAGUCUUUUAUAUGGGAUAGGACUCGCUCGAUCCGACAAGAUUUCACGCUUCAAAAUAAUUAUUCGGGCCCCGAAGCCAUCGACUGCCACGAAAAAAUAUGCCGAAUUCACAUACUAUCUUCUCAUGUCAUGGCACAGGCAAACGAUCCUGACUAUCAGCAACAGCAGGAAAUUGAGCAGUUCAACAACUCGCUUCAAUCUCUGACGCAUAUGUAUGACGAUGUGAGGUCAAGGGGAGGAACUUGCCCCAAUGAGCCAGAGUUCAGGGCAUAUGAGCUUAUAUCCAAGCUUAAGGACACUGAACUGGACAGAAAUAUUCAAAAGCUUCCAGCAAUCAUUCUCAAUAGCGGAAUAGUUCAGAAAGCAUUGAUGUUGAGAGGACUCAUAAUAAACGGUUUUGGCAAUUUUCAAAUGUUCGUUGAGUUUUUCCGUGUCGUUAUGGAUCCAAGCACGCCGUUAUUGCUUUCGUGUCUGUGCGAGAUCCACUUCAAUCAAGUGAGACAUAUGGCAAUGGUGACAAUGGCCAAGGCAUACCACUCCAAGUCAAAAAAAAUGCCUGAGGCUUCGGUUUUAGCUGAUUGGCUUGGAUUCGACUCCGUCGACCAGUUGGUAACGAGCUGCAAAUUUUACGACAUUCCUGUUUUAAACGACGAU